AUGACAGAUCCAACGGCGACAUCUUCGCCCGCCUCGAGUAUCGACACUCACCAUGCUCGUACUACGUCAUCGAAGGUGGCGGCGGGCGCAGAAUCGAGCGGAAAGCGUGGAAAGCAAGCGCAGCUAUCGCCACACGCUCCAAGCUGGCUUGAGUGGCUGUCGGACAAGUACACGAUCCAGUACGUGAUCCCAGCCGCGUAUGCACCCGCUGCGCUUCAAGUCGUCAAUACCGCCUUCCCACUCGGCAUCAUUUUCGGACUGGUACUUCCACGAACGCUUUGUUUUCUCAGAGAUACGCUCACAGGGGCAUCUCUGGCUUCAUCCUGGACGGAAACACCGUGGUGGGCAUGGCCGCAGCUGCACAUCUACCUGUUCAGCUGGGUCAUUUUCCACGUGCUCGAAUUCAGCGUGACCGCAUCGUACAAUCCUACACGGCUCUUCUCGGACAGCUUCCUACUUAACAACGGUAUCCAUUACCACGUGGCACAUGUCGUCUCCCUGCUCGAAUUCUCGCUCACCGCCCACCUCUACCCAGCGUGGAAAGUACCUUCGCUGUUUACUUUGGCAGGGAUCGUCUUGAUCGUGUUUGGCCAGACGAUGAGAAGCUUGGCCAUGAUUCACGCGCACAACAAUUUCAGUCACAUUCUUGCGUUUCAGAAGCGCACGGAUCAUGAGCUGGUUACCACGGGCGUUUAUGCAUGGACGAGGCACCCGAGUUACGUGGGGUUCAGCUACUGGGCUGUGGGCACACAGCUCAUGUUGGGUAACAAGCUGACUAUGAUCGGGUUUGUGGCGACGCUCUGGCUGUUUUUCAGUAGGAGGAUCAAAGCCGAGGAGAAGAGCUUGGUCGAGUUCUUUGGGCAGGAGUACGAGGUGUAUAGGAGCAAAGUGGGCACUGGGCUGCCUUUGAUUUGGUGA